AAGGACCUAUAUUUCUGGCUGUUUUUACAGCCUUCAGUUGGCUUUAUAUUUGGUGUUAUCUGACUAAAAGAAAAUUAUGUUCAAAAUUAAGUUCUUUGUGUUGCUGAUGCUAUCGCUGGUUCCUAACAAUUGGACCGAUGACAGGGGCGUGUGUGAGAUGAAUGCUUGCCAGGCUCUCGAAGAAAGUUUAAUCCAAUUAACGGAGUUUGCUGAUAAGAUUGAAGAACAAAAUAGGACGAACGAUCAGUUUAAGAAUUUGGAGAGGCGACUAAGGUCUUUGGAACAACCCAUAUGGAACAUAGUAAGGGAUGAUUCCAAAUGGAUGGACUGUGCAAAAGGUCCUUGCAAAUGUAAACCAGAAACCAAGUCCUUAAGUUGUUGGCAACAAGAAAUCACUCAACUACCUUCAGAUCAAAUCUUGCCAUAUGACGUAAGAGCUAUCGAUUUAGGUAUCAAUGGUUUGACGACACUAAAUAAGAAUUCAUUCAGUAGUUUACCAUAUUUAAAUGAACUGGAUUUGUUUGAUAAUAAGAUUGAUUUUUUGCCACCAGAUAUAUUUAAACAGCUGAACAGUUUAGUAUAUUUGAGACUACACAAAAACGAAUUGGAAUACCUUCAUUCUGAUCUUCUCGUAAACCUACCAAACCUGCGGACUUUUGACGUUUCAGCCAAUAAACUGAAAUCUUUACCGCCAAACCUAUUUCGAGAAAACAAAAAUUUGAUCUUGCUCCAUUUAUCGAGGAAUGAACUGACCUCAAUCCCUGAGGUUUUAUUUAAUAAACUAGAAUAUUUGGAGGACUUGGAUUUGAGUAAUAACUAUUUGGUAACGCUUCCCAAGUUUGUUUUUUCGGAUUUGAAGACUUUGAGGAGGUUACAUCUUUCUGAGAAUAAUAUAACAUUGUUACCUACAGGUGUAUUUGACAAAUUAACAAAUCUGGAAUUGCUCAACUUGAGAAAAAAUAAAAUAACUCAUUUAUCUGAUCAACUAUUCGGUAAAAUGGCUAAUUUGAAAAUAUUACAGUUGACAAGUAAUCAGAUAUCACAGAUAUCUCCUAAUGAUUUCAUAUCUCUUAUCAGUCUCGUGGAGCUACAUCUUGGUCAAAAUAUGAUUAACAGCCUACCAGAGAACGCUUUUUUGAGGAAUAAAGAUCUAGAGAAGCUGUACUUGUUCUCCAAUAAUUUGGAAGAACUCAAAGAAAAAACAUUCAAUGGUCUCAUCAGUUUGACGUUUUUGUUGAUAAACAACAAUAUCUUGAAGGAUAUAAGUCCUAGGGUAUUUAUUUACACACCCAGUCUUCAAAAACUGCAACUGGAUAGCAACAAAUUUCAGUAUUUACCAGCGAAAAUAUUUGAUCCCCUCACAGAACUGGUAUCAGUAAAAUUGGCCAAGAAUCCUUGGCAUUGUGACUGCAAUAUUUUAUACUUAUCCUUAUGGAUUGAUGCAAAUAACAAUAAAAUAUGGGACUCUGACCCAUCCUGUAGAGGACCAGGGUAUCUCGGUGGACUGCUCCUUAAGGAUAUGACCUUUGACAAGCUGUGCGAAGGUCAGUGGGCCAGCAUGUUGAAUCUUGCUGCUAGAAUACCGGUUAAACCAGACGGUUUCAACCAGAAUAAAACCGAUAACUAAAAUAUAGUGUAAAAUUAUUAUUUCUUGUUCAUAGUU